AUGAAUAAAGUAAACAUGAUUUCUCUUUAAAAUGAGAAUUUAUUUUAUUUAUUUUAUACAUAUAUAUAUAAUUUUUUUAAUAAUAUAGCAUUAAUAAUAUCAGAUUUAAUAUUUUUCGAUGGUGUUUAAUUAUGGACUAAUUCUUUAAUAGAAAUAAUUUAAUGGAUUCCUACUUAGGAAAUACAAUUAGUUGAUACUGGAUUAGAGUUUUUCAGUACUUUAUUUUCCUCAAUUAAUGAAAAAUACAUCCAAGAAAAAAUAUUACCUGAAUAAUUUUCAUUAGCUCCAAUAAUACCUUCAUUGCUUUUAUCUCUUUUCCAUAUUUUUGCUAAUCCUGAAUUAAAUGAAGAUUAAAGAGUAAAACUUAUUGUAUUAUUAUAUAUGAUUGUAGGUUCUUUUGCUUGGGCUGAUGAUUUAAAUAAUUAGUUGGUUUCUUAAUGUUUUGAUGAUACUUUUGAAGCUUGGAUUAACUUAUUUAUGAGUGCUUUAAAAACAAACCCGAAGUCUCAUAUAAAAAUGAAAAUUUAUAUUUUAAAAAUUUUAAAUAUAAUUUAUAGAGACUUUACUUAUUAUUCAAGAAAAUCUAUAAGCUCGAAAUUAAUUCCUAUUUGGAGCUUCUUUAAUUCUAUAUUACCUUUAUAUAUGUGGAAUUGUGUUUAUAAUGUACCUUUAAAAUUUUUAAAUGAAAAUAUUUAGCCAAUAGAUGAGUUUUGGAAAUAAAAAGAACAAAAAGAUGAAGAAAAUAUAUCUUUAGGAAGCCAUUAUUUAGAUGAAGAGGAUGAAUAGUUAUAUUAAAAUGAUAUAUAUAGACUUACUUUAAACUGCAUAUAGUUAAUAAGUACUUUAGCAAUCAAAGAAACAUUUUAUUAAAUUAUAAAAAUUGCAGUCUAUCCUUUAAUAAAUGCCCUUUCAAAUUUUAUUUUUAUAACAAAAGAUAUUGAAUAAUUAUAUAUAUAUGAACCUACAUCUGCAAUAAUAGUAAAUGAAGAAGAUGAAUAUACUAAAAAUAGUAUAAGAAACUAGUGCAUAUAAUUAUUAUUUUCAUUAAUUGAUAAAUAUAAAGAUGAAACUGUAUUGGCAAUAUUUUAAAUUUGUGAAAAUUUUAUAAUGGGUAAAGAUAGUAAUAAAAACUAAAAUCAAGAAUUAAUUAAUGCUUUCGAUAGAGCUUUGAAAAUAAAAAAAGAUAAAAAAACAAGUAUAGAAUUAUCAAAAGAAAAGUUUUCCGAAAUAAUAAAAAACUCCGGAUUUUAAAAUAAUUCUGAAAAACACUUAUUAAAAUAACAAGAAGCCGCUUUAUAUAUUUUGGGAAGCUUUUCAGAUGAUAUUAUUGUAUUUUGCUAUCGAAAUAAAUAAUAUGAUAUAUUACAGUUAAUAAAAUACUUAAUAAAAACAUUCAAUAAAUAGGAAAAUUCGAUUUUAAUUUCGAGAGCAUUAUGGUGUAUUUCACGAUAUUCUGAAAUUAUAGGGGCUAAAGAUGUAACUCUGUUUUUAGAAGCUUUCAAAAUUACACAGGAGUGUAUUUUUAAUUAAAAUAAUUAAGCUUUUGUUUUGCUUGUUGCAAUUAAAAGCUUAGGAAUUAUCUCACAUAAAAUACACUUUUUCAAAAAUUAAUUAAUGAAUUCUACCUAAUUUUCUUAUUAUGGAAUUGGAAAUGUAGACAUUAUUCAUUAUUUUAUUCAAAUUUUGGAUAUUUUUUAAGAUUAGGAUACUGUUCUUAUGGUUUUAGAUAGUCUUUAAAAUUUAAUCAAAUUAGAAAAUAAUAAUUAUUCGGUUGAAUUGGCUAGUGUAGGAGCUAAUUAUAUCCUCAAAAUUUUUACACUUUUAAAUGAUCAUCCUGGAAUUAAUAAAUGUGUAAUGAAUUUACUUGUUUUAUUAGUGGAAAAUCCUAUGGCUUUUAGGGUUGUAUUUGAAGGAAUUUCGCCUUUUAUUUUAGACAGUUUUUAACUUUUCUAAAAUUAUUUGGAAGUUAAUCCAAGUUUGCAAUAAAUUAAAUAAUAUGAUAUUAAUUUGAUGAUUGUAAAUAAUUAUUUAUAUUUUUUAUGUUAUAAUUUUUUUAAAUAAAUAAAGAGUAUUUUAGAGAUAAUAAAUAUUUUUAUUAAUUAUUGCAAAAAUAAUUCUGAUGCAAAUUCCUUAAUGUAAUUGUUAAAUCCUUUAAUUUAACUAAUGAUUUUAAACGAAGAAAAUACACUUUAAUAAAAUGCAACAAUUUGUCUUAAAAGCUUUUUAAAAAUAGGAAAUGAAUACAUAUUUUAAAAUAAUUUAAUAUAAGAUAUGAUGAAAGUAAUAAUGAAACUUUUAUAAAUUCCUUUAAAUUCUCAAAGCGAAGUUUCGUCUACUUAUUCAGGAAAUUUGUGUAUAAUAGCUUUUCAUAAACUUCUUGGAGGAAAUGGUGAUCCAGAUAUAUUAAGGCAAAUAGUUUAUAAAAUAUUCCGUUCAAAGUUAGCUACCACUGUUUAAGGUUUAGUAUUAGUUUGGGCCAGGUUAAUAAAUAAUAAUGCUUUGGAAGCUGUAAAUUUCCUAAGUUCGUUUAGUAUAGAAAAUAGACCUGCGAUAAAAGUUUUAAUUGAUAAAUGGCUUUUAUAAUAGCCUGUAUUUAGAGGAAGGUUGACCAAAAACACAACUUUUUUGGCUUUAAGUAAACUCUUUUUGUUAAAAGAUAAAAGAAUAGAAAAUUUAUUGGCUAUUGCAUAUAAUCCAUCUCAUUCAAAUGUGGGAAAUGAUGUAAUUGCGCCAUAUAAGAUUUUAAGUACUUUGAUAAGAGGAUUAGAUAAUGAAAUGGGACCUUAAUAAAAAAAAGAAAAGAAAAAAGAAAAAAAUUAAUUAUUUAAUUAAUAUGAUAAAGAUAGGUUAGAAGUAUAAGAUGAUGAUUAAUUCGAAGAAGAAGAAGAUGAAGAUGAAGAUAAUUUGGUUUAUGAAAAAUUAGAUAAUGAAGAAAAAAUCGAAGUUGAUUUGAAUAUUAUUUAAGAUGAAGAAGAUAAUAAUAAUAAUAAUAAUAAUAAUACUGGAGAAAAUAAAACUGGAGGAUUGGGAGAAUUUGAAAUCGGAUCUACUAAUUAUAUGACUGAAGGAUUUGCUUUCGGAUAUGAUGAUGGGGAAGAAUGUGAUGAAACUACUGAAGAAGAUUUAAUUUAUUUAAAUGAUGAAUUUAUAGAUAUUGAAUGCAGUGAAAUGUUAAAAAAAAUAUUUAAUUAGCUCACAGCUUAAAAUAAUAUUAAAUAUUUUACUGAAUGUCUUAGAAAAUUAUUAAGGGAAGAUAUUAUGUUGUUAAAAAAACAUGUGAUGAUCAAAAAUUUAGAUUAAUUAUAGUUAAAUUGA